UCUUCAAUCUUUUUCGCUUUUGUCUUUCUUUGUCCUUUGAUUGUUAAUAGUAAUUAAUUAAUAAUAAUAAUAAUAUUCUUCCUCUCUUCACAUGAAAAGAGUCUACAUGGUGUCAGCUUGUGAAGAAGAAAUGUGAGAACGAUCGAUCUUAGCUGACAGUUCUAGUGCAAGUGCAGUGUAACAGCCAACCCAGCUAAUAUCGAAUGGGGUCCGAGCAAAAUCGAUUUCCUCAGCAUGAAAGACGAAAGAGAUGGGGAGGAUGCUGGGGUGCAUUUUCUUGUUUUGGGUCACAGAAAGGUGGGAAGCGCAUUGUACCUGCAUCUCGCAUUCCUGAUAGUAAUGGAUCAGCUGCGCAGCCAAAUGGGCCUCAAGCGGUUGGGUUAACCAAUCAAACCACAGGACUGGCUCCUUCUCUUUUAGCUCCACCUUCUUCACCAGCAUCCUUCACGCAUUCUGCCCUUCCUUCAACUGCGCAGUCACCUAGUUGUUUCUUGUCAUUAUCUGCUAAUUCGCCUGGUGGUCCUUCAUCUACAAUGUUUGCCACUGGACCAUAUGCUCAUGAAACCCAACUGGUGUCUCCUCCAGUCUUCUCAAAUUUUACUACUGAGCCAUCUACUGCUCCUCUCACUCCUCCGCCAGAGUUGGCUCACUUAACAACUCCAUCUUCCCCAGAUGUACCUUUUGCUCAUUUUCUAUCAUCUUCAGCAGAUCUCAAAAACAGGGACAAGAACAAUUACAUCAAUGCAAAUGAUCUUCAAGCGACAUAUUCACUCUACCCUGGAAGUCCUGCCAGUAGCCUUAUAUCUCCAAUAUCAAGGAACUCCGGUGACUGUUUGUCAUCCUCUUUUCCUGAACGGGAGUUCCGCCCACAGUGGAAUUCAUCUAUACCUCUUGAGAAUGGAAAAUAUCAGAGGACUGGGUCUGGGAGGGUUUCAGGUCAUGACACAAAUAGUGUCACUAUUGCAUCCCAAGAUACAAAUUUCUUUUGCCCUGCUACCUAUGCACAAUUCUAUCUAGACCAAAAUCCUCCAUUCCCUCAUAAUGGUGGGAGACUAAGCGUUUCAAAAGAUUCUGAUGUUCAAUCUACUGGUGGAAAUGGACAUCAGAGCAGGCAUGCUAGAAGUCCUAAGCAAGAUGUGGAAGAAAUAGAAGCUUACCGAGCAUCAUUUGGUUUCAGUGCAGAUGAGAUUAUAUCUACCAGUCAAUACGUAGAAAUUUCUGAUGUAAUGGAUGAUUCAUUUACCAUGAUGCCCUUCACCACUGGCAAAUCAGCAAUGGAAGAAAGCAUAGAGCCUUCGUUGAUGAAAGGAUUCAAAGCUCAUGAGACACAUGUGGCAAUGCAGAAUCUGAAAAGCCUUAGAUUAGAUCCGGGUCCUGUUGGUAAGGAAGCACGCAGUCCUGUCCCUAUAUGUCAUGGAUAUGAAGAUAAUAAAUCGCCGGGGUAUUGUAGCAACAGCUCUGGGUUAAGUACACCAGAGAACCACACUCUCUUGGAUGAUGAAGAUAUAUUCUCAAAAAUGGGGUCAUCCAGAAUCUGCCGGAAAUAUCAGAUGGGAUUAUCAUGUUCUGACGCAGAGGUUGACUAUAGGAGGGGAAGAAGCUUGCGAGAAGGAAAGGAUAUGAUUUGGCAUGACUGAGAAUUAGUUGAUUAGUGCAGAACAGAUUCUAUGUGUAUUAAUUUGCUGCUUCCUUUUAAAAAACAACCCAAAAAAAAAGGAAAGAGGUUGUCUAAUAGAUGGAAUGAUCUAACCUUAGAUCUAACCGAUUCUGCCCCUCGUGUUUGAUCUGAUCUUACUGAUGAAUGAAUGUAGGUUGUUGUUUUCUUCAAGUGAUCCAGGUUAAUGUUGAGUGAAGAUUGAUUCUAAGCAAAGGCUUGUUGACUUACGCAAUCUCUACUCUUUACAGUCCAUGGAUGCUCUGUAACUUUUGUUCUGACUGCAGGCAAUUUACUUGCUAUUAUGUUUGGAACCAACGCUUUCAUGCUUCAACGGCAGAGUGGAAUCAAAACUGGCAGAAAACCAAUUACAAAAUGGACCAUUGCAACGCAACUAUCACCUGCGUCAUAACACCGUCUUACAAUGUCCGAAUAUUAUGAACAAUGCGAGAUUAAUCAUCAUAAUGUUAUUAUUGUGUUAGGUUUUA